UGUGGCUGCUGUGAAAGAUUUGCUUACUCACUAUUUUAUAAUCAUUUCAUCGUCUUCACUAACAAAAAUUAUAUGCUUUUUUUUUUCUAAAAAGAAAAUAAAAAAAUUAGGAGAAACUUCUUCUUUUCAAAAAUCUGUUUCUCCUUUGAUCUUGGCUGAAAAUGGCAACUACAGUGGCUACUUCUCUCCCUCAGUUCAAUGGGCUCAGACCCCAGUUCUCAGCUACUCCUGUUAGAACUCUGGCUGCAGUUCAGCCAAUGAAGCGCAAGGGGAAGGGUGCUUUGGGUGCUCGAUGUGAUUUCAUUGGUUCUCCCACAAAUUUGAUAAUGGUGACCAGCACAACUCUAAUGUUGUUUGCUGGAAGGUUCGGACUAGCCCCAUCGGCUAACCGAAAGGCGACGGCUGGGUUGAAGCUCGAGGCAAGGGACUCUGGCCUCCAGACUGGCGACCCGGCCGGUUUCACCCUUGCUGACACCUUGGCUUGUGGUACAGUUGGUCACAUUAUUGGUGUUGGGGUGGUUCUUGGCCUCAAAAACAUUGGUUCCCUGUAAAAAUAAAAUGAUGUGCAAUUUUAUGUACUUGAUUUGUAAAAACUGUUUGUAUGCUUAGUUCAAUGCUUUUUUUGUUACCUA